CGCGCUCCCGCUUCCACAGCGCGCCGCCGUGCAAAAUAUGGGGGCGCGCUCUUUAUGGCAGGUCUCAAAAGAGGGGGAGCAGCAGCGCACGAGCGCGCCGUCGUUGUCAGGGACGGACGGGGUACAGCUGGGAAAAACACAUACACACACCCCCGUCUCCGUCAUACAAGCACAUACGGCAAAAAACAAAAGCGACUCUAAGGGAAGAGCGGAACGGGAGAGAGGGAGCAUGCGGCGAGGAGCAGGGGCUGCUGCAGACCUUUGUUUGUUUCCUGGAAACCCUGGAGCGCGAGGGAAUAAAAUGGAGUGGUAGGGGCUCCGAGGCGCGAGAGGCGCGUCCACCUGCUGCUACCGGGAAGGCAGUCCUGGCUCCCGAGAGAGGGGAAACAUGUUGAGACCACUGCAUUGAAGUGGGUAACAAAAAACAAAAAACAACAACAACAUAUGACAACAUUCCACCCGCCGAGCGAUCAAACGGAGUCUUAAGAGCAGACGGGACGUGCGGCCCGAGUGUAACGGGAGGCUGGACAGUGGUAAUUAUGUUAGUGAGAGAGAGAUUCAGUUCAAAUUGAUGGAUGUUCUACAGGAGUCUCGAUUCUCAGGGGCAGAUCAUAGCCCCUGCCCAAGAGAUGCCAGUGAAAAUGAACCACAUGACCCGUUGGCAGAUGUAACACAUGAUUUAAGGCGCUGUGAUGACAUCACUCCUGCAGUGCUGUCCCUGCCCUCCCUCUGUGGCCAGAGUCAGACCUCUGAAGGUCCCCUUAGCCCAGCUGACCUGCAUGAUGGGUCUGUCUCCAACACCACCUCUCUAUCCUCUCUCUCUUCGUUCUCCUCUCUUUCCUCCCUCUCAUCUCUCUCUUCUGUGCCCUGUUCCAAACCUGUGACGCCCUGGUCUGUGCCGCAGACCUGUGACCGGUCAUCCCUCUCUAGCAUGGACUCCAGGGGCAGAGAUUGCCUUAGUUGUCUGAUCCCCAAAAAUCAGACAGAACCGGAAUCCUGUGAGUCUGUACUCGGCUUUGCCAGCAUCAAUUUGCAAUGCCUUGGCCCCGCCGCCAGCGCAGGUCGCUAUGGUGACCAGGUUCUAUCUGACCAGCUGCUCAGCGGCCCCGCCCAUCCAGCUGUAUCCAAUGAGGGGGCUGAGGAAGGGAGGUCGAUGCAGGAGAGCGAAUCAGAUGAGGAUCCUGCAUCCAGAAGCAUAUACGAAGGUCUUGUAGAGGAGGCGCAGGACUGGAGCUGUCUAGAGACACUCAUCAGUGAAAGCCGUAUGGAGCUCUUGGACUUAUGCUCUCGCAGUGAACUUGCUGUCAAUCUGUUCUGUGAAGAAGAUGUGGAGAAUUACAUGUUUCAAGAGGAGGAGACAGCACUCAGUGCUGACGUCUGCUCACUUAAGAUACGCUACGAGUCCUAUCAGGAUGGAAUACAGGAGAGAAGUGAGUCUGCCCUACAGGAUGAAUCUCAGCUAGGUUUCUUUCCUAGUUUACCUUGCAGUAGAAAGGAGGGGCCAAAAGAGAAAACAGACGAAUCCAUUGAGAUUAAGGGUGAUGACCAUGUAACCCCCAAUAUUAGCCCAGACAGUAACUUUCUUUUUGACCUCAGUAAUUCUCCAGAAGAUUCUGGUGAAUUCAGUGAUGACAGCUCUUGCACAGGCUCCCCAGACCACGCGCUCUCCCUUCGCCAUGGCCGUUUGUCCAGAGAAAACUCCAGCUCCUCCAGCCAGCUAAGCUACCGCCUCCGAGCCAAGAGGAAGGUGGCCUACCGAGAAGACUACUUGUAUGAUGUGGACUCUAUAGAAAGUGAGAAAAACGCAGAGAAACGAGAUAAACAGCCUGCUGGGCUCAAGAAAGAGCGUGAUGAUGACUGGUGUCCGAAAAAGAGGCGGCGGUCCAGUAGGAAGGACCCACCUGUCAUUAUAAAAUACAUAAUCAUUAAUCGGUUUAAAGGCCAGAGGCACAUGAGAGUGCGGCUGGGACGAGUGGACCCAUCACCUUCUGUAGUCUGUUUGAGUCCAAAUGCUCUGCUACGCUAUGAGAGACUUGCACCAUUGAAAGCUUACUGGCAGAAAAGAGAAAAGGAGUUGCAGGAACAGAAUAGAUUGACAGCUGCAGAAACAACCAAACGUCUCAAUGGCUGCAAAAGACCGCCAAACACUACACCCAAACGCAAGCACAGGUUGGCCAGACUCAGAAUCCAGCAGAUCCAUGCAGUACAGAAUUCCCUCCCCAGCCAAACUAUAGUGGUCCACGCUAACAAUCAGCCAGAGGAGACUGAAUCACUGAAAAGCACAGAGGAACCAAAAGAUGACAUUACCCCCAUUACGCACACUGCCAGGGCUAAAAGCAGAACACAGGAGAGAGAGGAAAGAAGAAAGGCAGGUAAAACAGGAAAGAUAAAGAAGUUUAAAAGUGAAGCAAGACUUCGUUUGAAACAGUUAAAAGACUCUGAGAGACAGGGAGUCACUGAAGCCUCUGAGAUUGAGCAGUGCAGCCCAUGUUUACCAGAAAACCUUAGUAACUCUUUAGAAGGUAAUGUUACAAAUGAAACCUCCAGUAAUGACCCUGAAAAAUGCACUUUGACCCCAACAGCUCCAGGGACUAAUGGAAAUGCUGAACUCCUCCCGGGGGGAUACCUGCAGACUCUUCUUGAAGCCUCUGAGUCAUCGAGCACUGCUAACAUCACCUAUUUCCAUCCAGGGCUGCAGAAUCCCACCCUUCAGCCAGUCCAGAGCUGUGUUCUCUCUCCUCCCUCUGAAUCUGAGCUGCCCCACUCUCCUCCACCCAUGAACCUCGGGCCCAACCACACACAUUAUGCUGAGCCAAACCUUACUGAACCGACCCAGCCCAUUUCAUGGCCAUCCCAACCAUCUGCUGAACAGCUGCCCUUCUCCCCAGACAUCCCAACCCAGUCGCCUAUGAUGCCAUCAGGCUUUCCCACACCAUUGCCUGUGUUAGCAGGGGAUGGCACAAAUGUCGCAGGGUAUGGGCAAGUGUCUCUAUCAGGGUGCAGGGUGUCAUAUGAAGAGUCCCAACCUGACGCUGAUUAUGGCUUGAGUCCGGCUGGGUCACGGAGUGACAGUGGCGUAGGGCGACUGGUUAGCUUUAACUCCCUUGGGUCACUUUCUGCCACCUCUAGCAACUACAGCUCGCUCAGCCUAAGAGAGGGUGAAAGAGAGAGGGAAGAAGAGAUCAGUGAGAUCAACGAUGGCUUCUUGCCACAUUGCAGUCCACGGCUCAUCUUGCAGCAAAGUCUAGAGGAGGUUGCUCCACUUCGAGAGUCCACUGACCUUCUGGAUAUCUCCAACUUUACCCCUGACAAGUUCCGUCAUUCAUCGCUAUCCGAGAUGUCCCCACCAGACACGCCUAACUCUUCCCCACAGCUGCUGGGGAAUUGUGGUAAAGUUGGAGAGUUCUCUGAGGCAGCAGAAGCAAAUGUACAAUGGAACUGUGGAGUUGUCCCGCAACUAAAUGAAGAUGGAAACCCACAUCUCCUUCAGGUACAGUCUUUCAACACAGAGGAGGGAGAUGUAGGGCUAAGGGAUCACAAAGGUUCUACGAAAAAGGGUGGGAAAAAUGGACAAGGCACUAAAAAGACCAAAACUCCAAAAACAGUAAAAGGAGAGAAAGCAAAGCUCCCACGUCAGGGUUCUCGUUCCGUGAAGAAGAUCAAAGCUUUGCUGGAGGGAAAAGCAGCCAAAUGUGGUGGAGGGUCAGGAAGUUGCGCUUCAUCCCCCACCCCAUCGCUUGGCGUGAUUGGAGCUCAGGGGGAGUGGCCUAUUACUGGGGGACUAUCAAACGAUGACCAGCGAGAAUUCCAGGAACCAUCAAACAUCCUGUCCAAUAUAGUGUCUGGCAUGGCUGAGGUACAGCGUUUUAUGAGGGCCUCUGUGGAACCUCUUUGGGGGCCUUGCCUGUCACCAGGUCAACAUGCCCUCCAGAGCCAGACACUGAAGAUUCUGGGUAACGCCGCUGACCUUAAAAAGCGGAGUGGUACCUCAGGCGGAGGUCGAGGGAAGAAAGGGGCUGGGCGGGGUGGUAAAGCACUGCCUAAACUUCUCCCACCAGGCUUCUUUCCUACCCUUGGACUAGACUGCCUCCCACUUCCCCACCGCCCAGCCCACAAAAAAAUGUACCGUCACAAAAGCAGUGCUAAGUUUGCCCGUGAGGAACUCUUAGCGGGCAAAAGGGACAUAAAAGGAGUAGCAUUGACCGCUUUGGUAGAGAAACGGAGCUAUAACACUGUAUGUGUUAAAUCGGUGUCACAGCACCAUGGUUUAAAUCGAGCCCAGCGCCCUUCUCUGUCUCUCAGCAAAUGGUUGCCUUCUGUUCAGGGGUCAAAGGUCGUGUGUAGUAUUCUGUGCUAAGAAUCGUUUUUCCCCUCGUUUCUGUGCCAACCCCUCAGAACAUUGGGCUUUGACAAGCUAAAAGAAAGCGUCCUCACCAAGAUGUUCGUUUUCUGAGGUUCUGAAAUUCCGAAAGAGAUUUUUUUUUUCAUUGUUGUUUGUUUAUAAGUUGUGAAAAGGGGGUUCAUUCAUCUGUUCUCCAGUGAAUCUCCUGCCAGUAUCAAAAUGCUGUUGUACACAAACAUAUGCACUAUUUACAAAACAAGAUUAUAUCAAACAUGUUUAAAUUAAUGUGCCAAACUAUGAACAAUUAAAUGUACAGACAUUUUUAUCUACAUAAAUAUUUGCUGUUUUAUAAUGUGGCAGUGAUUGAGGUGUGUGUGUGUGUGUGUGUGUGCGUGCGCGCUUGGGAUGGGGGGAGUUGUUAACCUGAGAUUCACUCCUGUUGCAUCACAUCUCUACAAACUGCGAGGAGUCAUCUCAACAAUCAAAAAAAAAUGUUUGUUUAUUUUCGGUUUUACACUCUUGGCUAGUUCCAGUUUAGAGGCAUGAAGUGAGAGAUGCAUGACAACAAUUGGUGGUAGGAAGUGCUAUAAUGGCAGAGAAAUGUAUUGGUUGCCUUUCACUCUUAUUUAUUUCUGGAUGGUAAAAGAUCACUGUUCGUCUUUAACAAGGUAAGAAAAUGAUCAUUCCUUCUCAUAACAAGACAUAUAAUGCAUUCUAACUGGUUUACAUCCCCAAGUUUCUAAUUUAGCUUUCAGUAUAUAUUUGCUCUGUACCUCUUAUGAAUUUUACCCCCUUAAAACCAGAUAAGAACAGGACCAAAUAUUGUUUGAAAGUUUUUCAAAUUUGUUGCUAGUGAUGUGCAUGCAUUUAAAACAUAUGAAUAUGUGCUGUGAAUGCUGAUCCCCUGUAUUAUUACUUUCUCUGACUCGCCUGUUUUUCUUUUUUUUUCUUACCUGAUCUCAAGACCAUUGUUUUUCAAUUGCUGUUGGAAUGUUAUUUGUUGUGUUAUAAAAAGAGGGAAAGAAGCCAACUUGGUUACCCCCAUGUACUGUUUACUAAAUUGCUGCAGGAUUGUACAACUCCCUGGAUCCCCUCUUUUGUGAAUAUGUAUUUGAAAAUAUUUUUUCUCUCCUUUCUCUCUUUCUCCUUAUGUUGACAGAGUGUGAAACACUUAAGUUGUUCACCACAUCAGGUUAGUUUGUGAACUGACCCUCCUAUUUCAGAGUUCAAUGGGUAUUUGUGCAAAUGCUGUUCACAUUGCUGUGAAUGAAUUGAGGUUAAAUUAUUGGAGAAAAUGUUGAUGAACACAGGUGCAGAUGAUGAGUGAUAUUCCACAACUGGUGGUGAGAAUUAUAAGUGAAAACUGUUGAUUUUAGGUUGAACUAAUUGGAGCCUUCCCAGCCAAAUGAGCCUCACCAAUCAAAACGCCAGGAAAUAUUUGCCGGGAAAGGUUAUUGUCCAUGUUUUCCCCAUGCUGAGUGAAUGGAGAUGUGACGCAGUUGGUUCAGGUCCGUUGGCUCAGGGAACCCAACUGCACUCACAUCUCUCGUUCCCUCAGCUGUCCAUCUCGACAUAAACUCAAGCUGUUCUCAGCGGUGCCCCCUACUGUACUGUUUUUACAUAGCCCUAUUGUUGCUAAACCUGCAGGACAUCUGUGAUGCCAGUGCAGGGUGCUCUUGUUCAUAUUUUGAGAACAGAGUUUUACACCAGUGAAAACUUUAUAGCACACAUCCCCUGCACUAACUGUUCAUAUUUUUAAAAGUUCCUAAACAGUGUUAUUCCCCUAUAAGUGCAUCAUAUAAAGUUAAAACAAGAAUAUCAAAAACUUAAUUGUGCCCUAUUUAUGAAUGUAUUAUAUUGUCAAGUUGGAAGUAUUUUUUUUUUCAUGAUUUAUUUGACACUGCAUUACUCGUAACUACUUUUGCCUUUUUCAUCUUCAAGGAAAAAAAAAAAGAAACUCUUUCUACUGCCUGGUCUGUGUUCACCAGGUGGAUUCUCAAUGAACUUUGAUGUAGGGAAAAAAAUGAUGACCUGUAUAUUUUUCAUUGUGCCAAUUUGUAACAUAUUUUCUAAGUGUAUAUUUUUCUUAGAAAGUGAUGUGAGGUCGUUCUUACUGUGGCUUUGUUCUUUUCCCUUUUCGGCAAGUGAAAAGGUUGCUAAUUGCCAUGUUUUCUUUCUUUCUUUUUCUUUCUCUCUCUCUUAUUUGUUUUUUGUUUGUUUGUUUUAAAACCAAAAAUUGAAAAUACUAUAAAAAUAAAUAAAAAACUAUUGUAAAGGAGAGAGAAGGAGAGCAAGCUGUGACUCUUUGUUGAGAGUUUUUGUAAUUGGACCAAUCUUGUUGUAAGAAUGUUGUGCUCUAGUAAAAAUAUAUAUUAAUUUAAAGAUAAAAAAGAAACCAUGAAAACAGACAGUGGAACAAUAACACUAAUUUGUGAUCUCAUUGCUGUUUUAUAGAUUUUCAUGUAAAUUAUUCUAGUAUUUUGUUUUUGUUGUAUCUGUCACAAAAGUUGAAAUAUUUGUGAUCAAGCCUGUAUGGUGACAAAUGUAAUAUUGGUAACUUGCUGAGUUUUGUAAUCAUGUUUAUGGAAUAAAUAUUAAUUAAAAGAGCUUUUGAUCACUUG